AUGUGUGGUAUAUUCGGCUACAUUAACUAUCUUGUUGAAAAAGACCGCAGAUGUAUACUCGAUACUCUCGUCAAUGGCUUAUCACGCCUUGAAUAUCGAGGUUACGAUAGCGCUGGUCUCGCAAUUGAUGGAGACCAAAAAAAUCAAGUGUUUGCUUACAAAGAAGUUGGCAAAGUUGAGAAGCUGAAGCAACUUAUUGAGGAGGAAAAACCAGACUUCUCAAGGGUUUUUGACUCGCAUGUCGGAAUCGCCCAUACAAGAUGGGCUACUCAUGGCCCUCCAUCAAGAGUUAAUUGUCACCCUCACCGGAGUGAUUCAACAUGGCAGUUCAGCGUAGUCCACAACGGAAUUAUUAUUAACUACAAGGAGUUAAAAACCCUACUAACUUCCAAGGGCUUCGUAUUUGAAACGGAAACUGACACUGAAUGUAUUGCUAAGCUAGCAAAGUACAUUUAUGAUCAACAUCCAACCGUCAGUUUCACAGAUUUGGCUAAGGCUGUAAUCAAAGAAUUACAAGGUGCCUUUGGUCUUUUGAUGAAAUCAGUUCAUUAUCCUCACGAAGUUAUUGCGGCUAGAAAAGGUUCCCCUUUGGUAAUAGGGGUACGAACGGAACGGCGAAUGAAGGUCGAUUUUGUUGAUGUUGAAUAUACCGAAGACAGACCUCUACCUGCCGAAACUGCCUCACAGAAUGUUGCGCUUAAGAAAUCUAAGGUUGGUGACCUACUCAGCACGGGAAAUCUCCUCGCUCCUGCCGACAAAUCGCUUUUGCACCGAUCUCAGUCAAGGGCCUUCAUGACUGACGAUGGCGCUCCAAUGCCUACUGAAUUUUUUCUAUCGUCUGAUCCCUCUGCAAUUGUAGAACAUACCAAGAAAGUACUAUAUUUAGAAGAUGAUGAUAUAGCACAUAUUCAUGAGGGCUCAUUAAAUAUUCACCGACUUACUAAAGCAGACGGCUCUUCAAAUGUGAGGACGAUCCAGACGCUCGAGCUCGAACUUCAAGAGAUUAUGAAGGGAAAAUUUGAUCAUUUCAUGCAGAAAGAGAUUUUUGAGCAACCGGAAUCAGUGAUCAAUACUAUGAGAGGUCGUCUAGAUGUAGAAAAUAAGCAAGUGACUCUCGGUGGCCUCCGGUCAUACAUUGCGACAAUUCGAAGAUGUCGUCGUAUAAUCUUCAUCGCCUGUGGAACCAGUUAUCAUUCUUGCAUGGCUGUUCGCGGCACGUUCGAGGAGCUUACCGAAAUCCCUAUCUCGGUUGAAUUGGCAUCAGAUUUUCUAGAUAGACAGGCGCCCGUCUUCCGAGACGACACAUGUGUCUUUGUUUCUCAAUCUGGAGAGACAGCUGAUUCCUUAAUGGCUCUCCGCUACUGCUUGGAACGCGGUGCACUGACCGUUGGGAUUGUUAAUGUUGUUGGCUCCUCCAUUUCUCUCUUGACACACUGUGGUGUUCAUGUUAAUGCUGGACCUGAGAUUGGAGUCGCAUCAACCAAAGCUUAUACAUCCCAGUUUAUCGCAAUGAUUAUGUUUGCACUGUCAUUGAGCGAAGAUCGAUCAUCAAAACAAAAGCGACGAGAGAAUAUUAUGGAAGGUCUUGGCCAAAUAUCACAUCAAAUCAAACAAAUUUUGGAACUUGAUCAUCCUAUAAAACAGUUAUGUGCUCGGGUAUUUCAUAACCAGAAGAGUCUAUUGCUCUUAGGUCGUGGCAGUCAGUUUUCGACAGCUCUAGAAGGAGCUCUAAAGAUAAAAGAAAUCUCAUAUUUGCACUGUGAAGCUGUCAUGUCAGGAGAGCUCAAGCACGGGGUUCUCGCCUUGGUUGACGAGAAUCUUCCUAUCAUCAUGAUACUCACCCGCGACAACAUAUUUGCAAAAUCCCUCAAUGCCUAUCAACAAGUUAUUGCCCGAGGUGGUAAGCCCAUUGUUAUUUGCAACCCCAAUGACGACGAAUUUAAGGACGGCCAAGCUGAAAAAAUAGAGAUCCCUAAGACUGUUGACUGUUUACAAGGUCUCUUAAAUGUUAUACCCUUGCAGCUAAUGGCUUACUGGCUUGCUAUUGCCGAAGGACUAAACGUUGACUUUCCGCGCAAUUUGGCCAAAUCUGUGACCGUGGAAUAG